AUGUCGAGUCUUACUGGCCUUCCUACGGGAUCCUGCAUCCUUGUCACGGGAGCCAACGGUUUUAUUGCCUCUCAUGUUAUCAACACCUUGCUACAGCUUGAAUAUCGACUGCGAGGAACGGUUAGGACGGCAAAGCCAUGGCUUGACGCCUUCUUCGAGAAUAAAUUCGGUCGAGGCGUCUUUGAAACCUUUGUGCUUCCUGAUUUUGAAAACCCUGAGAUGCUAGAUAAUUGCAUGGAUGGCAUAGCCGGGGUAGUGCACACGGCUUCUGAUGUUUCGUUCAGUAAUGAUCCCGAUACUGUCAUUCCUUGGGUCGUACGAGCAGUUGAAAAUGUCCUAGAGGCUGCAUCUAGACACCCCUCUGUUAAGAGAUUCGUCUUGACAUCAUCCUCUGCAGCUGCUUUAAUCCCUGUUACAAACCAGAAAGGGUUCAGAAUUAAUGAAGAUACUUGGAAUGAGGCUGCCGUAAAGGCCGCAUGUGAUCCCAUUACGAAGCCUACCGAGAAAGCAAUCACAAUUUAUGCAGCUUCUAAGACUCUUAGUGAACAAAUGGCUUGGAAAUGGACUAGAGGGCACAAUCCUCGUUUUACAUUCAAUACGGUCCUUCCGAGCUUCAACGUAGGAGAAAUUCUUCACGAGAAAUUUGGAGGAUCGUCCAUGGGAAUGGUUCGAGGGAUUUUGAAAGACGAUAAAAGCAUAUUUGACUUUUUCGUACCUCGUGAGUUGUUUCCAUGCCCCCGAUGGUUAGUUGAAGGAGGCGGGAUAAGUGAAAUGCUAAAUUGCUUUAAUGUAUUAGAACAGUACGUUGAUGUUACCGAUACUGCCCGCCUACACGCUAUUGCUCUGCUUGCACCUAACGUCCGAUCGCGGCGGAUAUUUGCAUUUGCAGGUCCGCUGAACAUGACUGACAUUAUCUCGACUCUCCGGGAACUUCGACCUGACCAUCAUUUCGAUGAUCCGAAUCCAAACGAAGGCCGAGAUCUCACGGACGUCGCACCAGCUGCUAAAGCAGAAAAGCUUUUGGAAGAGUUUUUUGGCCAGAAGGGGUGGAUCCCUUACAGACAGAGCCUUGCCGAUGGGAUUUGUGAUCUUUAG